AACACGUUGAUGACACCAUUGUUUGACAUUUUUGCUCAAGCUAUUUACGGAUCUUUCAAGUUUUCGAUAUGUGUCCCCCCCAAUGAUAAACUUGUUCCUACGCCCUUGGUCAUACAUUAAAAUAAUAGAAGAUGUCAUAGCGCUGCAUUUAUAAAUGCAGACAACUUCUCUUCUGUAUAGAAGUUUUUUAAAACAAUUCAGUCGUACAGCUAGAUAGUUUAUUCAACAAACUCGCUAAGCUAGUAACACGCAGCUAAUACCACUAAAAGUAAAAAACGGUAAAAAUAUAAAAAUGGAACCAUCACAAUGAUGCGACUGUACUUGUAUAGCAAGUAGGAAUUUAAAAGCUCAAGACAAAAUGUAUUUAGUAGAUGUAAGACUGGAAAUUACUGAUGCCAGUUGAUAAAAUCAAGUGCAACCAGUUACAUAAAAACACACUGAAGUUUGGGAGGUCAAGACGAAACAGUGUAGAGACGUUCGAGGGAACUUUGUUUGUUUCCAAAUCCGAGGUUCUUGAGUUUCCUGUUAGAUAUUUGGACUUUAUUAGAACGUCUCUUUCAUUGGUUUUGAUUUAUCUGUUCUAGUCUUGUUUUCAAACUGGUUUCCACAUAACAGUCAGACCACAAAGAUCCACAAAGAUCACCACCAUGUUCCUCCAAACAAUCCAAUUCAUUGUCAAGAAGACAUUUUUAGCUGGAGUCUGAUUAAGAUAAAGAGCCAUGUGAAAAGCCCUCCAAACAGCUUAUUCUUCUUGCCUUCUGGCUUUCUUUUGUUUUUUAUUAUUGAAAAAUCACAUAUGAGAAGGCUAUUGAUCUUCUGAUUUAUCUCUACCUUAGCUACAGCAGAUUGCUGAUUUAAGCCGCAAUAAAGGGAGGGCAAAUAAAAAAAGGUAUAAGCCCUGAUACUCUUUGAAGAGCCGUCUUUGGUCUCGUUUUGAAGCUUCUGCCAUUAGAAGAAACAAGGGGAGGAGGAAGAAAAAAGAGAGCUCUUCAAGCAGCGAGAAGGGAGAUGCUCAGCCUCUGUCCUGAGCUAAAUUUGGCCUUCGAGUAUCUAUGUCGAUUGCAAGGAGUCACUAGAACAUCUCCACAGGCAUUCAAGGGCACAAACAUUCUUGAGGAGAUGCAAAUGAACUCUGGCGCUUCAGCACACAUAUUAGAGCGCAUGCAUGUGCGCAAACUGCCUCACACAGGAGGGGAAGAUAAGAGCCGGCGUAUUCCCUCAGAGAUGAGCAGCCUCAGCGCUCCUUCUGUUGAUGCUCACGAAGUUUAAUGCAAACAGCCAGCUCCCAUUGCCUGGCACUCUGGUUCUGUGUGGGCAUUGUACGUCUCGUCUAUCUUAAAAUGUGUCAUUUUAGGCAAAGUAGUUAGAAAUGUAAAAAUGAUGCAUGUUUUUUUUUUUUGGUUGUAGAGCCAAGUGUUUUGGGUUACGUCUGUACCUGCAUUAGCCAUCGAGAUAUUGAAGGUGUUCCACAUUCAGAUUAGCUCUGGCUCAGUCUGUGUCUCUGAAAUUCAAUUUUCAAGUCUUACGAAAGAUUCUUUCUUGAAAUUAGUUGUGCACUUUGGACCAUUCCAACACAUGAAUUUGAUUUGAUGGAAACAAUUACACUGUAGCUCUGAAGCUUAACCCUUGCCCCAAGUUUGCAGGAUAUUACGUUUCUUCUUCAUUCCUUGCUCUGUAUUUAGCACUGUCCACAUUUCUAUUAAUUUGGACCAGAUUUCCUGUCUCUACUGCAGAGAAGCUUCCCCACAGCAUGACGAUGGCACCACUAUGGCUCACUGUGUGGGUGUUGUUUACAAGCUCCACUCAGAACGACCCGUCGGCUACCGUGGGAAAAGUUCGAGACUUGGCUUCCUUCCGACGGCACUUCCGGAUGGGCUUCAUGACCAUGCCGGCCUCCCAGGACCUGUCCCCUCACACCUGUGCCUCGGCCAUGGCGCCCCGCUCGCAGUCCUGCCACGCUGUUGGUGCGGGGGAUACGAGCCUCGAGAAUGGAGAUUACUCUGACACCCAGUCGCAGCACGGUGGCCGCUGCCCCCCGGCCAAACCCAAACGCCAUCCAAGUACCCGCCUGAGCUCCUCGUCUGCUGACAGCAGAGGACCUCCUGAGACCCCGCCACCCUCUUCAAGCUCCCACUCACAAGGAAAACAUUCAGAGAAGAAAAAUUCAAUGAAGAAGUCCGACUCUGGGGAGAUUGGAGCAAAGAAGGUGCCUCCUUUGAAACCCAAAAGGAGUCCCAGUACCCAGCUCACCUUUGAGCCCCUUCCUCCACGUGUGCCUCCUUCUGCCACCCCCUUGCCCUUCCAGGCAGCAGACUCUCAGAUUCAGACAGGAGAUGGAGAGGAUGAGCCAGUCUAUAUAGAGAUGGUGGGCCAAGUGUUCACCAGAGAGAGCCAGACUGCCACACCCCACCCUGUCACUCCCGUGGCCACCACGCCCGACUCUGACUCAGACCAGAGUGAAGCGAUCUACGAGGAGAUGAAAUACCCACAUCAGGAGGACAGAGAGUCCCAGAGGCAUCUCCCGCCAAAGCAUGAGAAGCUUAAAGCCUCAAAGCACUACCACGUCACCACCUCAUCCUCCAGUAGUUCUUCUUCUCUCCCUCGCCCUUCAUCUUCUUCUCCGUCCUACUCCAAACCCAAAGCUACGGUGUCCAUCUCCCAUUCUUCUCCGCUGCCUUCCUCUGCAUCCUCCACUCCUGUACCCCAGGUCCUCUCCACCAGUCCCCACACACCACGAGCUCCAACUCCUUAUCUGUUGCAAGGAGGUAAAUCCGAAUCCGAGUCCAACACGAAGAUCCCGGCACCGUUCCCCAAUCUCCUGCAGCACCGACCCCCACUGCUAGCCUUUCCUCAGCCUGCAGCUGCCUCCAGCGGCGUUGGGGUUCAAAACAAGACAUCCACCUGUGCUAAAACUCAAACAUCCACUGCUACAGCUCAAGCCAGCACCUCCUCAUCGGCUUCUUCUAAUGUUUCCACCUCCCUGUCAGGGUCCAAGGAAUCAUCAGGUGGCACGUCACAGCAGGACAAAUACAGCCGAGACUCCCAGUUAGGCCCUGCUCCCGGGCUGAGAGCCAGGAGCCACUCCACACCGCUACCUCCCUCCUCCAAAUCCACUUCCCCUUUCUCCCAUCACCACCACCAUCCUCACCAUCGCCCCUCGCACUAUCAUCACUACCGCAAGCCAGACAGAGGAGACUCCCCUGCUCCGACCAAGAGCAGCUCUCAGUCAUCCAACCAGGCAACAGUCCAGACGCAAACCUCAUGUACGGGCAAGGAGGGCAAGAGUGUGAGCUUCCUCCUAAAGUCUGACAAAGGAGAGCGGGAUAAAGACCGGGACAGAGGUAGAGACAGGGACAAGGAGCGAGAUAGAGACAAGGACAGGGACAGGGACAGGGACAGAGACAGGGAUAAGGACAGAGAGCGAGACCGAGAAAGAGAUAGAGAUAGAGACAGAGAUAGAGACAGAGAUAGAGAUAGAGAUAGAGAUAGAGAUAGAGAUAGGGAAGGAGGGCCACACUCAUUACCGAUAGAGAGCAUUACCACCACUAGCAGCCAAACACCUCAAAGCAGCACCAGCUCCACUCCUACGCCACUAUCCUCUUCCCAGCGUCCUCAUUCUCGCCCACACCUCCGCUCUCACACACCCCACGGUCUGCCAGCAUACAAGCCGCCCUCCUCAGACAGCCCGCUGCUGUGGACCUACCCGUCCAGUGGCUUCCGGAGACCGCCGGCCUAUGAGAGCUUGAGAGCCAGCUCUCAGACGCCGUCUCUACAACAGCCUUUAAGUCUUACUGGUGUGGGCGAGGGGUUGUCCAAGAGCAACAGCGGGUCCUCAUCGCAGUCAAAAGUUGGCUUCAUGCCCUGGGACAGCAGCGUCAGCUUAGCUGCGGACGACGGGUCUUACUGGCCCAUGCAGAGGAAGCUGUCCUUUAGCCAUGGGAGCAGAGACGCGGAGAAGGACGAAGGGCGGGCCUGGAACGGCAGUGCUGAUGCACUGUUGAGGAUGGACAAGGAGGAUCUCGGUUUGGGCUCUCGAGGCGGCCAGUCAGGCAUCCCAGUUCACUUUAGUGGCGCCACCAGCAGGGCUCUGGGUCACUGCGAGUCGUUAGCUGGUGUGGACAGCAGCCCGGGAUUCAGAGCGCUGCCCAGAGGAGGACUUCCUCUUCCCUGCCAGACCUUCCCUGCCUGUCGAAACGGAGAAGUGGGGCGGCUGGGCCGCUCCUCCUCUGCUGCUGGAGUCAGACAGGUGGGUGGAGGAGAUGUCCACAGACAGAGCAGUCUACCAGUACGAGAAGCCCUAAAUCAGCUGCACGGUGUGGCCCCGUCUCAGGCUCCUUGCAGCCCCAGCGGCCCCGGCGUGUCCCGGCAGCAGCAGCAGCUUCAGCUCCACCAGCAGCAGCUGCAGCUCAAGCAGCAGCUCCAGCAGCUUCAGCAACAGCACCACCUACAGUUGCAGUUCCAGCAGCUUGCCCAGCUGGCACAGGGACAGCCUCCCGCUGGCGGGGGCACCAUGUCGUCUACGUCGCAGACGCAGAGGGACGGCAAGCUGCUUGAAGUCAUCGAGCGUAAGCGCUGCCUGUGCAAGGAGAUUAAGGCACACAGACGGCCCGACAAAAGCCUGUGCAAGCAGGACAGCAUGCCCAUCCUCCCUAGCUGGAGACGGACACCUGAGCCUCGUAAGACUGGCACGCCACCCUGUCAGAGGCCGCAGGCCGUCGUGUGGGACACGGCUAUCUGACCCCAGGAGAAGCGGAUUACAUAAUAUCAUCUUUCAAACGGUCUGGGGAGAGAAAUUACUUUAAGGAAGACAGAUUGCAUAUCAAAUGCAAACUUUGCUAUUAUUGUAAUAGGGACUGGUUAGUUGAACUUUGACUACAAAAAGAGGUGAAGAAAUGUAGUUAUUACAAUCAGACUAAGUUCAUUUCUUACCCAACUGAUUUGUAUUUUCUCUGUACUACGUACUGCACUGAUGUGUUCUGAUUGCCAACAAGUUAUUUUUUUGCCACUAAAAACACCACUUAUUAUUGCUAAUACAGAGUGGGUUGUUUUCCUAGAUUGGUGUUGCCAAAUAUCCUCCUGACUACUUGAGACACAAGGGAAUCAUGUACUUUCUUCAACAAAGCAUCGAAACUACUCUGCAGAGGAGAGCAGACGAGACUCGUAGAUAAGUUAUCGAAGUGUUUCUUGAAAAUCGUGAAUGUAUAUGAGAUGUCUUGGUAUCAAUAGAUUGUCAUUGUGGAUGCAAAUAAUCAUCACUGAGAAGUAAAAGCUACCUACUGUGUCCGUUUGCAUAUUUGUAAUGUAAAUCUAUUUACUUUCUCGACUUUUCUGCAAUUUUACAGCAAUACGCUCUGAAAAAAAGCAAACUUUUGAGCAACAUAUUUAAAAAAUAAAUAAAUAAAUAAAUCUUGUGUCAGCUAGCCUAACAUACAUAUCUGAGACUUGAAGAAGUCAUAUUUACUGUGUCAUACUCUGCAUGUCACCAAUAGACAAGCAGUGCUGUAACCGUAAGACAAAAAAAAAGAGAGAAAACAAGGAUCUUGUCCAACAGAUCUUAACUUUACGGUCCUGUGUGGCUGUAGGAAAAAGAUAAUAGGACGAGUCUGGGGCUGGGUUAGUCCAGCCGAGUGUAGUCAGAUACAGAUCAGUGGUACACAAAACUCCAGUCAUCGCUCAUGCUUUUUAACGCAGUUGCACAUUAGCGUCCGUUCCACCGAGCACUUGACACCCAUCAGCUCAAAGACUGCGCAACACGGUGCAGCUGAUGAGACUGUGAGCAUCGAUCACCUCAACCCGAAUGCUGGAACAAUCUGCACAAAGCAUUGCUUAGAGGAGAAAUUCAGAACCCUGAUGUACUGUAAAUAGACAUGUACAAGUGUAUUGAAAAUGUAGCAAUUAUCUCCAUUUUCAUACUUGUAAUCAAUACAUAUUAUGUAGCAUAGACUGUAUAAACAUAACUUUGUUCACUUGUUUUUUUUUUGUUUGUUUUUUUUUUUUUUACUAAGAGAAUUGAGUACCUGAUGCAGACAGCCCAUGCAUUACUUAUUGUUCGAUUUAUAAACAAUGAGCCCUCUGGAGAGGAAAAAAAAAACUAAACAAAAACAAACAGUUGUUUAUAUAAUUUUAUGCAAGAUUCCCUUUAAGCUAUGUUGUUUAUUCGAUCCCCUUUUUCUACAUUCACUUUUAUUUAUGUACAGAUUUUAACAGCUUUUUUGGUCUUAACAUUUUUAAUACUUUGCUGCUAUUUCAAUACCCGUGUUGUUCAAUGGACUACAUAGUGUUGCCAUGAUAAACAUUAUUAAUAUGAUGCUUAUUGUUACAUUUUUUUUUUCUGGGGUCGGGGGUUUCCAGAAAGCCACGUGGAAUGAAGUUUGUACCUUGAAGAGUCAGCUCUCCUGUAAUAGUAUUAAGGCGCUUGAAUGUCUCUUGGUUGAUGUUUUAUUUUAAUUAUUAUUAUUAUUAUUAUUAUUUUUAAUAAUAGUUAUAGUACCAAACUGUACAGUGCAGUACAUCCAGUGAAAAAAGACCUAUUUAAAAUGUUUAAGACUCACUCUUUGGCCUUUUCCUUUUUGUUUAUGUCCAUCUGCUUGUGUUGGAGGUUUACUUUUUCUUUCUUUUUCUAAKCCUUUUGAGUCCAUUUUCAUAAAAAAAUAAAAAUAAAAAACACAGGCCAAGUUGGAGGAAAUGGGCAAGUGCAAUGCAUGCAGAGAUUCCUUACACUGAAAUGCUCCAAAUGAUACUUCCUAUUGUGCCCAGUUUGAUUUUAAAUACCAAGUAAUCACCUUAUUGUCAUGGACUGAUGCGAUACCCGAGGUACAGGCUACCAUUUUUCCAGAAUAGUUUACAGAGGCUGUUGGUUUUGUGUGUCUUCUGAAACUGUGGCCAUUAUACGAGUGCCAUAUACUCUAUUGAUAUGGUAAGAUACGGUGUACCUUGGAAAUCACUGUAGUGCUAUAUUUGCAUUGAUAUUGUCAUUGGAAAUAAAUUUUAUAUAAUGAA